GAUGCAAACCAAUUUAUUAUGGUUUCAUAAACCUUGUCAGUAUAACUCUUUCCUUUAAAACUGGUAAAAACACAGACCCUGGCCUAUACAAACCAUUUCAAUAAACUCCCUUCACCAAAUACUUCCUCCUGAAUAGAUUCCAGUGAGGCUGUGAAGAGCUCUUUACAGGGAAAAUGAGACAAGAUCCACCCAGCUGCGUUAGCGUUAAGUCAGUGGAUAAGCUUACUUCAUAAAUGUGGAUAUGAGAGGAGGCACAGCGACAUGUUUCCUGUUCCAAACAGCGCCCCAACGUAAUGUCACCACACAGAGCUGUAGAAAAUGUAGUGAACAGGACGCGUGAACGCUCAUAGGAAUUUAGCCUGUUAGGACGGUUUUUACAUCAUGGCCAAACUGGAAAGUCAGAUACAAUCAUUUCUACUUUGACAGUUUGUUGUAAACCUAAAACCAACAUGGUAACAACCUUCAUCUGACCAGAGAAUUAUUAAACAGAGAAGAAAAAAGUGACACAGCUGUGAUAGACAUUAUGGAGCUUUGCCAAAAAGUAAAAGCUGUGGCGUUUGGAGUUGGGGUGUGUGCGUGUUGAGAGAUUCAAACGAAAACCAAUAAUCUUUCCUAUCAUCCAUGACAUUCUACCAGACAUUGUAUGAUCUUAAAACACAUCAUAGUUAGUCAAGUACAUUCAGAAUCAACCUCCUUAUAGAAAUAACACAAAACUUUACGUAGCUUUUCUCUGAUAGUAAAUGUAUAAAAUGUUAAAGGUAUACACUGACAUACAGAAAUAAAGUUGUUUUCUGAUUUAGCACUUGUCAAAGUGUGUUUGCAUGGGGGGGGGGUAGCGGCAUCUCAUUCAAAUAGAAAACAGUUUAUCACUAUAGUUAGCAUGCCCUACUUAAAGAGGCAAUGUCAUGCUCAAUCUAGCUGCAUAUUUUCACUCUAGAGCUCCAUUGGAGUAGCUUUGCAUGAUUCACAGUUUAAAAUAAAAUCCUUAUUUAUCUUCUAGUAGCCCUUUAUGCAGCCCCUCAGUUCAGUCUGUCUGAAACAAGCCGCUUUAGCCUUUUUUUUCCAGCUGUCUCUUUAAGGCCCCCUCCCUAAAAGCCCACUACUUUCUUCUGAUUGGCCAACUUCCAGAAGCCUGCUGAGGGGUAGCCAUAAAAAUUGAAUGAAAGAACAUUGAACUGGAAGUCACAUGAAACGUCUUUUUUGCCACAACUAUAUGCGUCGUUUUCUGUCUUUUUAAUUUUUAGUAAAGCAAGAAAAGGCUGGCAUUAGGUGGUCAUCAACGCUACAAAUGGAUGAGGACGGGUUACCGAUCCUGGGAUAUGGAGUGGAUCUUACCAAGGUUCCAGCUAUACAGCAGAGAAGAAUGGUGGCCCAUCUCAAUCAGUUUGUUGAAACCGUCUGGUUCCUAAACCGCUUUUCCACAGUUUGUGAAGAGCAACUUGACGUAUCUCUCCGGAUACAACAGACUGAAACUACCCUAAGUAUUUUGGAGGCGAAGCUGUCCUCCAUCCCAGGGUUGGAAGAUGUCACAAUAGAGGGUCUCAGUCAGCCACAGCCUACAGAGUCCAAUGGACCAAUUAACAAUCAAAGCAAAACAGAUGGUCCAGCUGCUGUGUCAGUUCCACCAGUGGCGGCAUCUCAGAAUGUACCAGAAGCUGUUCCAGAACAAAAAGCAGAGGCUGUUGCAGAAAAUGUCAUGACAGUGGCCAAGGACCUACGCUACGCCUGGUACCUAAAAAUGGUUCAAGUGGGGGUCCCAGUUAUGGCGAUAAAGAAUAAAAUGAUCAUGGAGGGCUUGGAUCCGAACUUGCUCGAUACACCAGAUGUACCUGUGCCUGACGGUGGAAAGAGAAGCGCUGGUGAGCAACAUAACGAUGAUGACAGCUCUGGCAGCGAAUCAUCUUUCAGUGACUGAUCCGUCACUGUCUGCAAGGUCCAAAAAUUACCAGCUGCGCUUCUUUAGGCCUGCACUGGGGCAGGAGGAAUAAGCCGCAGUGCGUCCGACAAUAAUUACUCGUCAGAUGUCUAUGGCUGUAGAGGCCUAAUAAAGGAAAAUGGCUGCCCUGCAUUGUAGAGGGAAUGAAAUUUCAUUGAGAAAGGCGUAAAAAUAAAGUAAUUCAUAAAACAGACUUGUAUAAAAUAGUUUUUACAUAAAGACUAACAGUAUGUUGUUAAGUCUUUUUGCAUUCCUCUGUGUGUGUGCGCGUGCAUG